GAGCUGAGACAUCUGCAGUAAGAACCUUAGGUUCCCUAUGUAGCUGAGAGUGCCAGAAGAGGAGUCAUCAGAAAAUCUUAUCUGGGUGCAGUCUCAGACUGCUCUGUUCUUUACUUUGGGGUUGACUCUUGAAUUUCACAGUGCUGGUUAAGACCUGCUGAAUUGGCAGUCGAGGAAAGAAGAUUCUUCUACUUUAGCUCAGGGCUUUUUGUUACUGAUACACCAAGUGACCUUGAGGAAUUUUCUUAUUGUAGGGUUAUUUCAGUUCAUAUCUUUGAAAUGCAAUGUGCCAGGUAUUUCUGGAGCUUUUGUAGUUUGGGGAAAAUGAUAAUGGCUCCUUUUCCCUGACAACUUUGUAGAUACUGCACAAAUAUACUUCCAGUGUGAGCAUUUAGAUUAGUGUAAAGUGUGUAGUAUUUUCAGUUGAACACGAGCAAAGAUGAUGUUGUAUUGCUAAAAGUCAAAAUAAGCCUUUUUCCUCUUUUCCCAUAAUCAGUCUCCAUUUUUCCAUGUUGCUGUUAGGGCCGUUGAAUAGCUUUAGAUUUCUCCCUUGGAUGAAUGAAGAGUACAACACUUCAGGUGGCAUUUGUUGCUUGGUUCCAGUAAUGAACAUAGCUGAAGGUGUGUAUCUGCAGUUUCCUUUGACCUCACCGGAAUGGUCGCCAGAGGAGUGGGAAAUAAUCACCUGAUUGCUGUCUUUUGAUGAAGCUGUGGCAGAUCCAUGCAGAAGCACUGCCACAGCCUCCUUGCUGCAGCAUGAGUAAUGUGACAACACCAGCAUCAAAACAGUUCUGACAACACCUAGCAAAUGAGGGAAGUGUGUGGGAGGGUACUGGAAAAAGAUUUAAAUUGUAUAGUAUGCACCUUAAUUUUGAAACAAAACUGAGUGAGGUAGGAGAGCCUGAGAAGAGGUGUCUUUCGCCUGGAAUUCUGCAUUUAUGAAAUGUUCUCACUGUUAUGAAUGGUUCUAGUGGGCUGUGAACACCUUCAGUACACAAUGCAGGAGAGAAAUGAAACAGGCCUGCUGCUGGGCUCUUCUACCUCCAGUAAGUUACUGCCUGGCAGCAUGGGCCCCUCAUGCUGCCCAACACCCCAGGAACUGAGAUGCUCUCAGCAUUAUCCACACUACUGGCUGCAGGAAGAGCUGCCUCCUCACAGGCUGUAGGUAAGGUGGGUGGCUGGUUUUCAUAUGCAGACUGAAGUCCUCCAUAUAGAGUUAGGAGCAAACCUGUCUUUACAGCCCAGAAAGUGUGCUAUAGAUACAAUCAAACUACUUCAAGAAGUAUUGUGACUCAGUCUCACAGUCUUACUGAAUUUAGGGAGGCUUGGCAGCAUGUUGUACCCAUGGACCUCCAGAGACACUUCAGACAUGGGGAUCAGAUGGUUGUAGAUGAGCUGAUACUCACUUGGACUCUAAUUUCCUCAAGACCUGCUGCUUCUCUUGAAUACAGUAUCUCUGCAACUCUUGGGUUACUUUUCUUGCCUAUCCUCGCAGCACAGGUUAACUCAAACUUCAUUCCUGAUAGCCACAAGCAAUUGAAAAGAAAUGACAGUGUCCUGGGUGCCAGGAUAGGGAUGCCUUUAGCGUGGGUGAUGUGUGCUGAUGGGCUGCAGGUACAGAGGAGCAAUUAACUUACAGACAGUUCCAUGGAAAACAGGAGUGGUGUGAUGCAGGAGAGCAAGGAAACUGGUGAUGGGGAGCAGCUACACCAAAGGGCUGAGCAGCUUGUGUGGUUGCCUGUGGUGGAUGGCUGCCCAGGCCACUUGGCUCUGCAGCAGGAACACAGCUUUGCUUGUCCAGCCCCAGCAGAGCCAGGGUAGGAUGAAGAGAGUAGUUGUGUUGGCAGCCAGAGAUGGGUCUGUCCUGAGUCCUUUCUGGCUUUCCCAGUUCCAGCUGGAUAGAUAUUUCCAAAUACCAUUUAACAGCUGCUGACCACAGGGACCAGCAGAAGUGUAAAUGCUCAUAUUCUGCCAGUCUCUUUUUCAUAUGCAGAGGUAGCACAAGACAUCUUGUUUGGACCCUCAGCCAUUCACACUGAAUGUGAAUGAGCUGGGGCCAACCCUGCUCUUCCUUGCUGGCUGGAGGGUGACUCCUGUGGGAGCAGAUGUCUGCAGUGCAGAGAGGCCCCCAACUUGGGCCCUCAGCACUGUGCAGAGCCUGGCAAGGAGAAAGGACAGAAAAAGAGAACUUGGCUCUUCUCCCUCCCCAGUUGAAGCAGGUGAGGGGCUGCCAAGGGCUUUACAGCAGGGAGAAGAAAGACAGCGUUCAUGGGAGCUGCGUGACUGUGAGCUGGUGGGCUGGGAGCCAGGCACGUCAGCACCUGAUGGGCCAGCACAUGAGGAAGAGCUUCUUGCUCCUCAGCUUCUCCAGAGGAGCCCUUUCAAGGGGUCACAGCUCAGUGCAGUGAGGUCUCUCCUGCCCCUCUGCCCUGCCUGUUCCAGGCUGGACUGUUACCUGGCCCAGUGCGCUGGGGAGGUCUUUCCUCAGUAGCCUGGUUCCUUCAUUGCUACCCUGGACCAUGCUGGUUGAGAUCCCUCCUGCCUGCCCAUGUCCUCCACUCUGUCAUCUUGUGGGUACAGAUUUGGGGGAUCUGGAUCAGUCAUUUGGCCAUCGGUGCAGACUCUGCAAAGAAGCAGCCUUCAUUUGUGGCCUGGCUGUGUGAAGGCUGCAUGGAUCAUUCCCAGAGAGUGCCGGGCUAGGGCUGUGGGGGUGAUCCUGGGGGCUGAACAGUUAUCACCUCUCACAGCAGAUUCCCCACCCCUUUUCCAUGCAGGCUGGAGCCUGCCUAGAGAAUCCUUCCUCCAAAAGCUACUGGACAGAAGAGCCCUUGUGCAGCCUUUUUGGAGAGGUGCCUGGUACCUGCUGAGGCAGACUUUCCACUUCCCAGAGAACAGAUGCCUGGCUAUGGCUGUGCCAUAUGGUGUUUUGGACUCACUCCUCUCCCAGCACAACCUGUCCUCCAGCCCUAAAGGCAGGUGAGAUUGCUCAGGAUUCUGAUUCCUGGCGACAGCUCCGCGCAGGCUGUGGGAGCUGCCAACAGUCUGGUGCAGGGAGAAGUGCGGCAGGUCUGUGCUUGAAGCUUGUGCCUCUGGGGAAGGGCUGCCCAGGCAGUGUGGCCUUGAUGCUGGGUCACCAUUUCAGGAGAGUUUUGGCUGCACAUGGGGCUUGCCCUGCUGGCCCAGGAUCUGAGGAAAGUGCACUAUGCGAUGAGGGUGAGUAAACGGCACUUCAGGUUUGUGGUCAAGGAUGCUUGUGACAUCCUGGGGACACCUUUGAGGCUGGGAUGAAAUCAGACUGCCUGCCAGGCAAGCGUCUGUAUCAGAGCCAGAAUCUCUGGUGCUGGAUUCAUGAUCUUUUCCUGUAAGCAAUUCCUGUGGGAGCUGCUACAUCCUCCCUGCCCUCUCCAGCAGUGUCUGCUGUUUUUCCCACUCAGUCAGGUUUAUUGGGUGAGCAAUUGCCUGAGGCUGUGUCAGCAGCUGUGCUCACUGUCAGACCUUGUGGAUUUGGGGUGUGCAGGGAUGGGAAGGGAGGAGCUUUGCCCUUUGGCAGCAUGUUGCAGGGCACAGAGCCAGCCAGCCCUCUUCCUGGCCAAGCUGUAAAUUUGGCCCCUUGCUCUUGUGCUCCUCUGGUUUUUCCUGUGGGCUGAGGGUUCAUCCCACUCCUUCUGUGGCCGCUCUGCUAACUUGUACUUCAGCUCCCUGUGCCCCUAUGCUUACACACACACUGCUGUCAGCUCAGCUGCCUGGGUACACUUCUGACUCAUGUGCUGCCUGGGCAGCUCCCCAUUUCAUCACUGUUAGGAUUUCAUGGCAGUGGGCUGUGAAACUCUGUUCCCCUCUUCCCUACCCUGCCGAAUCCCAUGCAUCCAGGAGGGACAAAACCUAUGGAGCUGUCUGCCCUGACCAGGAUAUCCUCACAGUGAUGCUGUGCCUGUCUGGGAUGCUCUGUGCCAUGGUUUGUCCCGUGCACCUCCCUCCUAUGGAGAUUUCUGCAGCACAGACAGGAUCCCAAGAUCCUGUGCCAGUGCAGGGCAGAGGAGCUGGUGCUUCCCCAGGCACUCUGGCAGGGACCAGCCAUUUCCAUCUGCAUAAUGGAGACUGUAGCACAACCACCAUCAACCCACUCUGGGAUAUUUUUAGGCCAGCUCUGCUGAUGAGGGAGAGAUGACAAGCUCACUCCACAUCCAGACCAUGCAAUGCCUUUCCCAGCUGCAGCCACCUGGUGCAAUGGGAGAAGCGUGGGCUGUUCCUCCAGGAAAUGCAGCACUAACUGGAUGCUGUGGCUCUGGGCUUACUGGGAGCAGCUAUUGGUGCAGGAUACCACCAUCCUUCUCCCUCUGAACUUGUGCAGAUUCACUGAGAAAGCAGCUUAGCAAAUUCCCCACUGGCUCUUGAAGUUGAGGGUAUUUCCUGGUUUGUGAAGGAAAAGGAGAAAUCUGAAGCUGUGGGACUGAAGCAUGGCAGUGACAUGCUUGCAGAUGGUCCUUUGCUGUCACAGAACUAGGGAGCCCUUUCAGCUGAGGAGCUGGCUUUUCUGCAGGGCCUGAGGCUUAGAAAGCCUAUGGGAAGAAGGUAUCAAAGCUUCCCCUUUUCAUCAGAGCCCUGUGUGGGGCUGCAGCUGGUGAAGUGGAAGGAGCAGUGAUUUGGAGGUGACUGGGGUGAGUUGAUGGAGGACAGGAGAGUUGGGGCACAAAACUGUCUCCUGUGGUCAGGCUUGUGUGAAGCAGGUCUCUCAGCACUGCUGGGGAGCCCUUGCAUGAAACACGUCCCCGAUGCCCUGGAUCCACACAAUGACACAGUGCUGCUGGGAGCUGACAGUGCCAAGCCAUGACUGCAUUGUGGGUUCUGGCAGAGGGGAGAAGUGUCCUACACAGCGUCUGUGGCUGGGUUAGAGGGGGGCCGGGCUGGAGCAGGCUGCGCUACCCAGCUUCACACCAGGGCUCAAAUGCCAGCCCAGGUGGGUUGUAGGUGCUGGACUCUGAACACAGGACUUGUCUGGGUGACUGCACAAAGUAGUGGUGCUAAUCUACACUAUCCACCAGGAACCAGUCUGUCAGAGAGGGUGUCGCUGGUACCAGCACCUCACUGUGUUGGUCUUGUCCCAUCCCUGCAUUGGAAGGACCAGUUCAGCUGCAGGUGCAAACCUUCCUCAACUGGUUACUGAGACCUGGAAUGUUCCAGCCCUGAGCAGCUGCUUCUGCCUUACCCUGUGGAUCUGCCAGCAUCUCCCAGCAUAGUGAUGGCUCACGUGAUGGCUGCAGAAAGUUCAUAUCCCCUUGGCUGUGGCAUAGGGAGGUUUUUUCCAUGGAGCAGGGUGGAGAAGCUCUGUUGGAGAGGCAGAGCUUUGUCCUCUCUUUCUUGUGGCUGGGCGGGAUGGGCUGCAGCUGAAAACAAGGACCUGCUGGCCUGGCUGGUCCCCAUAUGACUGCUGGGACAGGGCCACAGUCCUCCAUUGGCUGGCAGCUCUGUACCCUCACUGUUUAGGAUCCCACUUACUACACAAGGAUCCAGUGUCCCCUUAGUCCUGUUCUCAUUCAUACCUAGCAACAUAGACUUCUGUGACUUUGAGUGAUGUACUUGAGGGGUUGAGGUGUUCCAGCAACACCCUUCUGUCUGUGCCCUCUGCCUGUGGCUGGCAGCUGCCUCUUCAUGGCUGCUAUUAGCCCACAUCCUGACAGCAAACAGAGCACCCAGAGGCCUUUCCCCCUGGCUGCUCUAACUCCAUUAUGAAAAGCAGCUGCAAGAAUGCACAGGUUGUCAUAAAUGCUGAAUCUCCAGAACUGAGUGUGUUCAUGUCCCACAGCAGAGCACAAACCCUUGGCCAUAUCCUGCAGCACAGGGGUCGGGGCAGGGGCUAAGCCCUCAGUUCCUGCACCCUCCCACACAGCUUCUAUGGCCCACUCCAUGCUGGGUGGUUCCUCUCCUUUCUUCAUUUUCCUAAGAGGGAGCAGAUAAGCCUCAGCACCCAGGAGUGGGGAAGAAAGGCACUGGGACAUGGCAGGGCUACCUCAGCUGGCAGCCACAAUGCCAACCCAGGGCCCCAGACUAGGCAGCUGUUCUCUUGACCCAUGGUGAAGCACCUCCACCAGCAGCACCAGCACUUCCUCACACCACCUUCUCAGUGACUGGCAGCAUUUGAGGUGCCUGAUGCUUUCCCUUCCUCCUGCCUCACGUUGCCCUUGCUACUUCCUGUCUCUUUGAUCCCUUUCCUGAGCAUCAUGCUUGCCCUGGUCUCAGAUGUGUAGGAGGAGAGAUGCUUCAAGAGCAUCUCUCUGGGCUCAUGGUCCUGCACCCUGGGGGAUGUUGAUGUCCCUUGGUGCAUCACAGGGUUUUGAGAGGGGAAGUCAACCAACAGGGGUGCAGCCUGUGGCUCUGCAGACAAGAGCUGCUUACCAGAGGCAGUGUUGCUGACCAUUUCCUUUGGGCAUGUGGAGAAGAGACCAGAGUGACACAAAUAGGGAAGUGGACACUGAUUUGGGCACUUGUGCUGCUGUGCUUAUGCUGUGGGUUUUGGCAUCAACUCACUUGGGCAUGUAUGGGAGAAACAAGUAUAAGUAACAGAGCUGGUUGCUGUGUUGUGUGAAGGUUGCUAGUGCUUUACUUGGUUCAGAGGCUCCAGUUCACCAGGGAGCAAUGAAGAGGAGAUUCAAGUUGAACAGGAUGAAAAGAUGAGCCUAUGGCUAGUGGCCCCAUCACCAUAGCAGGCUAGCUGAAGGUACACAGGGAUUGCUCCAGUGCAAGUAAUUAAGUACUGAAGCUCUGGGCUGGAAAUGAUGCAUUCCCUGGGUCAAAGGCUGGCAAUGAGCACUGCUGCAGGUAGUGUAAUGUCACAAAGCCAGCUCAGGCUGUUGUUCCUGUUUUUAGAAAGACAUGCAUGAGCUAGAAGAGCAGGUGAACAAAACUGUCCUCAGGCAGAGCCCUCCACACCUUCUCCAUUCCCUUCUCUGGCAUGAAAGAAUCAGUCCUGGCCUCCUUUUUGCUGCUGGAGCUGUUUGGACAGGAGAUCAGGAAGGGUGCUUACAGCUCAGGGCAAAACAGCAAGCACGUCCAUACAGCAUCUCUUUUUCAUGCCUGAGCCACAGAUGUCAAAAAAUUUGAGACCUUAAACUAGUUGAGAUCUAAACUUAUUUUACAAGCUGUUUCAUGAUGAUGGCUGCCCCUGCAGCCUUCAGUGACCAUGCACUACUUAAUUUCACGCUUGAGUUUUUCCCAUCUUCAACUUUUCAUAUUUGGCUCCUGCACUUCCUUCUGCCCAUACUGGUACUUGGUUCCCUCUGGCAGUGAAGAGACCCUCUCCUGGGGCAGUGAAGUAGCUUGUGCUUCUCACAUCCUAUACAGCCUUAUUUGUUGCAUUUCCAGCCCUUAGUUCCUUAUUUGUGGUGGUGUUGCUGUUCCUUGGGAUUUCUGUGCCUGUUCUGAAGUUUGGAGAGCUGGACCAGACAUCAGGUUGGCUUUGCCAGAGCUUAACUCUGCUUGCAAAUCCCCUCCAUGCCCCUCUGAUUCAUGGCCCUCAGAGCCAAGGUACUGUGCUGAAGGCUCAUAGCAACAGUCAUGUGUGGGGACAGCUCUUUUUCAGCUUUUUUCCCUAAUUUCACCUCCCACCCCUGCUUUCAGGGAGAUUCUCCACCCUGUGGUACAGCCUGUCUUUUCCAUUCCCAAGAACCUUCCUUUGCAGCCCAUCACUAUGCUGUGGGCUGCUAGCAUUUUCCCAGACCAUUCAGCUAAUGCUGUAGUAGCAAGCAGCCUGUUCAGUGUUUUAUCAGCCCCAUAUGUAAGCCUUCAUCUUGUCAUCCAGACAACUGAUAUUAAGAUCUAUGAAAUGGUUCUGGACCAAGGGGUCACUGGGGAUCUAGGUAGGCUUCCUGUUGUUGAUGUCUCCCCAUUAAGACUUGGCUCAGUGACAGAUCUCAGAUUGUUGCUGGUAAUACGUGUAAUUUUUAAUCUACUUGAGUCUUUUAAUGAAAAUCCUACAGCAUUAUUGAAAGCAGUGGAGAAAGCAAAGUGUUCUCUAUAUAUGCUCCUGCUCUCAGCAGACAGAACUUUCCUUUUGCCCAGGGAGCAGUUUCCCUGUCUAAGAGCCUCAGGCUGCCCCUAGCUGUGCUUUCAUCUACCUAGUAGCAGUCUAGGGCUCUCUGCCAUUUCUCUGCCCAUUGCUUUGACCCUUUAGAUUAGGCUGGCCUCCUACCAGCUGACCAUUCAUUAAAAAUUAGCACAUGUAUUUGGAAGAGUCUGUGAUUAAAUCAUCAAAUUGUUUGCAAAUUACUUGGGCCUAAAGCAUGACUGUGGUUGGUUUGGGGAGAUGCAGCCUCUCCUUGUGCCACUGCUCUGCCAAAUUCCCUCCUCUCUAUGACAGCACAUGAGAUGGAAUCACUCCUGCCAUUCACAUUUGAGAGGAGGCAGUGGCUGGAUGGUGCCUGCCUGCCUCACCUGAUUCUUCCAGCUGUUUUUAUGGUAUGAAAGAGGAUGGGGUAAUGCAUGUCUGGAGAGCUCAAGAUGAACCCAAUGAGGUUCAUGGCCAUCACAGUUCCAACCAUCUCUGAAAUUCAAGUUUAUUCAGCAAUCAUCUCAGAAACUCAAGGACAGCACUCCUGGCUUCGGAGAGGCAGCACAGCAACAGCUGGAGCUGGGCUCAUUCAGGGUUCCUGCAGCACUGGCAUGAAGAAAUGCACUGUGAUAUCCAGUGAUGGCCCCUGGGCUGAGCAAGAUUCCCUAUUUCACUCACAGAUAUCAGGUAGGCUUCACUGGGGAGGCUGCUGAGGGGAGGUUAUUUUAGCUGGUUUCUUAAGGAGUAGAAUUAAAGAUGGAACCUUCAUCUAGCCUAUUAUUUUUAAGAGCUGUGUUCAUUGUGUGCAGCCUAAUAAUUAGUCACAUCACAGAUUCUGCAGUGACCGUUGUCACUCUGAACAGGAUGGGUAAAAUAUUAACAAGCAUUGCAAAAUAUUUCCCAGACAGUCAAACAAGCCUGGAUGCCAGCAGGCACUGCUUGGUUCUGUGCUCUCCUCUCUUUCAUGGCACAGUAACCUACUGGGAUCAGGACAUUUGAUCCUGGACAGCUCACCAGGGCUCAGCAAAUCUUCCUAAGGCCUGCUGAGCUCAGCUCCCUAAGCCCCCCCGCCAAAUGUGGCAACCAUGACAUCCAUGAUUCUAGGACAGGGAGCAAGUGAGGGAGGCAUAGGGGAGUGGAGGUGUCCUUAACCACCAAACUCCAUCAGUUCCUGGGUGUGCAGCUGAGAUACAGGUGGUUCUAACCUGCCAGCAGGGGGUCUGGAAAAGAUUCAAGACAAUCCUGCCUGAAUGCUUAUCCUGAUGCUAUGGUAAAAAGGACUAAUGCAGCCCUUUAAGGCAGAAAAUAGGAAAAGCAGAUUAAAUCCCUGUGUCAAAGCAUUAGGGAGGCUCAUUGUGGGAUUCCAUAUCUUGAAAAGGAUUCGGGAAAAAUCAGAGAGGCUCUAUAGAGCAGAAACACAAAAAAUGGCUUGAGGGUGGGAGGAAAAGCCUGGCAGAAAGAGAAUUAAGAGACUCAGUAUAUUUAGCUUUUCAGAAAGACGGAUGAGAGGGGGUUUGCUUGCAGCAUAUGUGUAGUGUCACAAAGAGAAAAUGCCAGGCUCUGAAAGGCUCUUUAAUCAAGCAGAAGGCAGAAUAAAAUGGUAUGUCUGCAAGCUGAAGCCAGACACAGGGAGGUGGGAUGCUCUUCUGAACGUGAGGGUGAGGGACUCCUGAAACAGACCCAGAAAAGUGGGAGUCUUCAACGCUCGUCUUCAAUUCUAGCCUACCUCCUCUCUUGGAAACUAUGAGUGAACCAAACAUAGUGUAUUGGAAUUACUGCAAGGAGAUGAACUGCUGAGUGAGGUGCUGGCCAAGGGCUUGCACUCACACAGCUGCCUGCCAGGUGCAACUAUUGGGUCACUUCAUCUGAGGAAGACUCUUGGAAAUCUGGUCCAGUCAGAGUGCUUGUGGAGGUGAUCAGGCAGGCUCCAGGGGUUUAUCUGCUCCCAAAGUGGUCAUGUAGAAGAGCAGAUUUAAUGUGAAGAUGGGACUCUUGGUGUUUAUGCGUAACCUGCUGCUAGCCCUCUGCCUCUUUCUGGUACUGGGAUUUCUGUACUAUUCUGCUUGGAAGUUGCACCUUCUCCGUUGGGAGGAUUCAAAUUCAGUGGUUCUUUCCUUUGACUCCGUUGGACAAACAUUAGGCUCAGGAAGGAGAGAGAGAAAAACUGUGGCUAUUGUGCUUCCGCUGUCCAUCCCAUCUCACCUUGCUGCAGACCCAGGAAAAGACAGAGCCCAGAAAGAACCCACAGAAACCAUGGCAGCUCCAGGCCCAGCCAUUCCCAAAUAUGACAAACUGGGCUUUCUCCUGAACCUGGACUCAAAAUUGCCUCCAGAACUGGCAUCAAAGUAUGCCAAUUUCUCUGAGGGAGUGUGCAAGCCAGGCUAUGCAUCAGCGCUCAUGACUGUCAUCUUCCCAAAGUUCUCGAAGCCGGCACCAAUGUUCUUGGAUGAUUCCUUCAGGAAAUGGGCACGUAUCAGGGACUUUGUACCCCCCUUUGGAAUUAAAGGACAAGAUAAUCUAAUCAAAGCCAUCCUGUCAGCAACCAAAGAUUAUCGUCUAACUCCAGCUCUUGACAGUCUCAGCUGCCGGCGAUGUAUUAUUGUGGGAAACGGUGGAGUCCUUGCAAAUAAGUCAUUAGGGUUAAAAAUUGAUGACUAUGAUGUUGUUGUCAGGCUGAACUCGGCUCCGGUGAAGGGCUUUGAGAAAGAUGUGGGUGGCAAGACAACACUCCGGAUCACAUAUCCUGAAGGUGCAAUCCAGAAAAUGGAGCAGUAUGAGAAGGAUUCCCUGUUUGUUCUGGCAGGAUUCAAAUGGCAGGAUUUCAAGUGGCUGAAAUACAUUGUUUACAAGGAGAAAGUGAGUGCCUCUGAUGGCUUUUGGAAGUCAGUGGCAACCCGUGUCCCAAGGGAGCCUCAUGAGAUACGUAUCCUGAAUCCCUACUUCAUCCAGGAGGCAGCUUUCAGCUUCAUCGGACUGCCUUUCAACAACGGCCUGAUGGGCAGAGGGAACAUCCCCACCUUGGGAAGCGUAGCAAUAACCAUGGCGCUGCACAACUGUGAUGAGGUGGCGGUAGCUGGGUUUGGCUAUGACAUGAGUUCACCCAAUGCACCGCUGCACUACUAUGAGAACAUCAAGAUGUCUGCCAUCAAAGAGUCCUGGACGCACAACAUCCAGCGGGAGAAGGAAUUUCUGAGAAAGCUGGUGAAAGCCCGAGUCAUCACUGACCUAACCAGUGGGAUUUGAGUGGCUGCAGCCACUGCAUCCAAGGGAGGAAACAAAGACACGCUGCAGCUCUGGGAGCAGGCACUGGCAGCCCCCUGCAAGAAUCCCACCUCACUGAAGACACACAGAGAUGCCCAGGUGCUCUGGGAAGACCCUCUUGCAUUGCCAGUCUGCACGAGGGUUACAUCUCCCACCUACAGGCCUAGAGCUGGCAGGAGGUGGGCAAGGGGCUGAGUGGACAGUUCUUGAACUCUGCAUCACAGACAGAUCUUCUGCAUCCUGAAUUAGCCAGGAAAGACUCAGAAGAGAGAAGAAAGGUUUGUGAAUAAAACAAUUAGUGCCAAAUGGGAGGUGAUGCUGCCCCAAGGCAGCAAAGCCUGAAUGUACAAAGUAUUAUUUUUUAAAAGACUGUUGGAACCAUACUAGAAAUACCAAGGUACAAGGCAAAGUCUGCUUGUGCACAGCCCUGCGAAAAAACAGGCCUCUUCAUUCUCCAUCUGCAUUGUUACUGGCCUCAGACCUUUCCCCAGGAAAACAAAUCCAUCCAGAACUUCGGUGCCAUUGGUGACAAUUCGAAGGGAAAAUGAUGGCUUCCUCUCACGUGGAGCUUCUGGAUGGAGAUGAGCAUGGGUUUGUUUUUCUGCAUUUUUUUCCUCGCUUCCUCCACAGAGGCAGCAACAGCAACAGCCACUGACUUGGCUGUGUUCUUCAUAGCCAUUUGCCUCUGCCCUGACCCCAAGGUGGAGCAGGGAGCCAGUGGCUUUCUCCGCCUACAGCAGACCCUCUGCACCUUCCUGCCUGUCACGAUGCAGAGGAGCCUGCCCCGUUGUGCUCAAGGCUUUCAGGCCUCUUGGUUUGUGCCUGCUGUGCAGGGCCCCCGUGGAGUCCAUGCAGACUGGUGUCACUGUUUCUGGACAGCAUCUUGCUUUGGUUUUGUGUGGGAGGGGAGUAAUUUAUUCUUUGGAAGGAGGUCAGAUCUUGAGCGGAGAUCUCAAGCUUUACAGUUUGAGAGCAGACUGCUGAAGAUGUUUGUUUUACGUUCCAGACUCGAUCAUGUUCCCUAUUUAAGCGACGUGUGACCUCAGUGAUAAUGGAACCCGAUGGGAACUGUCACCCUCUGCUUGGCCCCUGCUCAUUCCAUUUCCAAGCUCCUCCUGUGCUGCUCUAGCACUGCUGCUCCUCCUGCUCUCAGGAGCACAUCCUUCCUUCGCCGUCCCAAGAUGCACUAUUUGCACAUUUGAUUUGUAUACGUAUUUCAGGGGAGCUGGAAUAAACUGAUCAACGUGGCCAAGUGCAAGGGCAGCAGGGUGGUCUCAUCCACCUGAAGAGCGUGGGCAGAAAGGAGAUUGCCAAGGGAAUGAAUGGUUACAUCUGGAACAUGUGAGGGAAUGAAUGGCCCCUGUGCUCUCCUAGCCUGGGGCAGGCUGGAGUGCACCCACAGGCACUGUCCCAGUACCUGGGUGUCAAGGCACUGGCACACAGCCAGCCGGUGCUGGAGUCCAUGGAGGGGGAUCCCAGAGGGCUGUGGGUUGGGCUCAUGGUCCUGGCACUGUGUCUGACAUAGCACAAGGAUUGCAGUUUGCCUUGCUCUGGACUGAAGGGAGCGUGACCCUGGCAUGGGCAAGGAAUGCUCAGAGCAGGGCUCACAUGGCUCCCCUAGACCAACUCUGCACCCACUGACUUGCAGGGACUGUGACCUUGGACCUGAGACCCUCAAGGGGGUGUGCAGGAGGAACAGGCAGUGACCUGGGUGUGGGGCAGACGAGACCAGGCUGCAGACAGAGGCAGUUCCCAGGACAUGGCACUGAGUGCUGCUUACAGACCGGUGUGGGAUGUACCCCUCAGGAGCCUCUCCUGCCUGCUAUGCCUGUAGCCAAGGAGCUUGCUCAGGGGCAAGUCCUGCCCAGCUUCUUGUUGUGGCUGCUCUUUCCCUUGUCAUCUGGGAACAGCUCAAAGAUCCUGCUGCUUGUGGGCCACAGAAGGCAUGCUGGGAGGCUCUCCUUCCCUUCACCCUUCCCAUGUCCCAUCCUCGCUGCUCUGGCCUCCCAGCCAGGCAGUCCAUGUUUCCCCAGGGACAUGCCUCCUGUCAGGAUGCUCUGUGAGGUUUCCAGCGGGUUUUUGAGCAUAUGCUGUGGCAGAUACUCCUUUGAAGUAUCUUCCAGUUUGUUUUUUGUUCUUGAGAAGUCCAUGGAUUGCUAUGGCUCUCACCAGGCAACACUACCUUUGCAGUUCCUGGGUGCUGGCCUGGACUUGGGAUCAUCUUCUGUUGAGUCCCAGCCUGCUGGCAAUGGGAAUGCUUGGUCUGGAUCUGGCUGAAGUUGUGGCUGGGGAAGGGUUGACACUCACUCUCUGUCUUGGUGCUUUAACCAGCUGCCAGGAGAGCCCUAGGGCUGUAUCCAUGGGCUGCAGAGAGCAGAGAUGGCAGAGUGGGCAGCUGCAUCCAGAAGGAGGAGGGAAGAGCCUUCAGUGUCUGUACUGGGCUCCUCUCCACCCACUGGGGGAAGCACCCUCACAGAGGAUUGUGAUGGCAUUAAUUUGAUUAUGACUAGUUUUAUUGAACACUACAAAGCUACAGGGCACUUUUAUCUACGAAUUGACUGGCUCCAGGUCCAAGGACACUACUCAUCCGAGCUCUCCACCACGGCCAGGAACAGGUCCUGAUGGGAAGUUGGACCAGGAAGGUGACUCCGAGCCCUUCCCUCCAACUUGACAGGGGUUUCAAGCCAGAGGAGUCCAAGUUGAAUAGUUGAGCGCAUGGCCCAGAGGGACUGUGGUGGGUCAGGACCACCUGCAUGUAGAAGGAAAGAGUGUUUGGGGACCAAGACUCUCAUCUAGCUCAUUGACACCACAGAGCAGCCCAUGGCUGGGUGAUGGGGCUCCAGUUCCAGGAGCAGUGCACAGCACUGGGUUUUGCUCCUGGGUGCUGUUCUUUUGGCUGCCUCCCCACAUGCACCUGCAGCCACCUCCCGCCCUUGAACCGCUGCAGUCCUGGCAGCUCGGAGCGGUGCACGCGGGUCAGAGCAGGGUCAGUGGGACGGAUGCGAGUCUUGGCCUCUCCCUUGCAGUGACUCACCUUGUCAGAUCGGAAGGGAGAGCCCAGGGGAAUUCUCCACAGCCUAAAUAUAGAGCGGGGUUGCCUGGUGCCUCUGAUGCGCUGUGGUGCAGAAAGGACACUCAGGUGGCAGGGAACCUGCCUAGAGACAGCCCAGGGAAACACAGGAAGAUCAGGGGCCAUGACCACAGUGGGUUUUGCUCCAGCUAGUGCAGGGAGCAGGUCUGGGGACCUACAGGCCAGCCUGCACACACUGCUCUGGGGGACAGGAGCUGCUGCUGCUGCUGUGCUGACCACACCAUGAGCUGCUUGUGCAUUUGUGGUAGUGCCCACCACACUGGCAUUGGGCUCCCACCACCAGCUCACUCUGUUAGGCCUGGCCAUGCUGUGACCUCAAGCUCACAUGUGCCAAAGGUAAGCACCAUGGCCAGGAAACAUGAGGCAGCAGUGGGAUCCAGCCCAACAUUCCUCAUCCCAACAUCUCUGGGCUUCCAGUGUCUCCUUCCUCUGAGGGAGAAGUGGAGAGGCCCUGCCCAGCCACUGUGCUGCCCCUCGGUGUGAGCACUGCUGGGAGUGGGAGAAGGUGUCAGGACAGGGCCAUCUGUGUCAAAUGGGCACAGUUGGGGUGGGUAGGGGCAGAACUGGACACGGGCAAGGGCUUCCAGAGUGUUUGGCAGGGAGGCAACCACCACGCCGAGCUCCACAGGCACCAGCACGGCGUGUGCUCUCAGUCCAAGCGUGUGUCACUUGCAGUAUUAGAGACGUGUCCAAAGCGCAGGAGCCCCUUUGGGGCCACUGCCCGGCCCCUCUGGGCUCUGGCUCCUUGCACAGCCUGCACAGGGUCUCAAAAAGGCCAGUGCAUUUGCCGGUACUAUACCAAGCCAAGAUGCAAGAACUCAAUGAGUUUUUAAAAUUAGUUUUAGUUUCUGCCUUUUUUUUUAAUUUCCCCUCUAGGCAGGGAGGGUAAGAGUCUUGCAGGCUCCUCCAAGCCGGCUUAUGUCACAUCAAUUCAGUCAUAUCACAGAAGCAAUAAAGCUAUCAAACAAG